UAUUGAGGUUGCCAUUUGAAGUUCUUUCAGUUUACUGAUCUCUCUUCUGAGCCUUUCAAUUGCUAAUGAACUGAUCCAGUUUACUCUCAUGGACAUACUUACAUCUCUUCAGCGAAGAAUCAUCUUCGUCCACUGCAGGUCAAUGUCGUUUGUACUUAUUGCCUUAUUGACUUGAGCAAUAUAAUCAGUUUUUUUUUUCCUCUCAUCCAGUGGUGGGUGACUUAGACAGACAACAAAAGAUGAACUUAAAUAAUAAAAGGAGAAGCUAGGAUAUAUCCGAUUGGAGCAAGGAGACUAAGUUGUGUGAGAAGUUAUUUGCUAACGGAAGAAACUGCAACAGGAAUGAUAUUCAGCAAGGGAAAGAAAUGGAUGAGCCAACGAAGUUAUCAUGGCCACUGAACCAACCAAGUGCAAAGGCAGCUGAUUGCCAUCCCGCUUUCUAUGAGAAGAGGUCAGACCUGAACAAUGAUGGAUUGAGGGAGGCUAGACAUGAUCGAGGAGAGCCAAAUUCAAGAUCCAGAUAUUUCUUCCAAACUUCAGGGUCCAAAAAGCAUGUAUGCACAUGUUCAGACUUAUUGAUUGGAGAUGCCCUUAGUGACCAGGAGCCUAAGUUACACAUUGACCAACCGAACCUCAAAGGGUCUAUCAAAUAUCCUGGUGAAUAUACUUCCUCAUGUUUUAUGUCUGAACCAAUGAUUUUCGAACUAGAUAGCCCCAGGUGCGCCUACCAGAACUUGUUUCAGGACCCCAAGAAGGGUAGUGGGUCUGAUAAUUCAUUGCAUGUUCUUGGUUCCCGGGGCACAGUUACAGGAAAUGUUGUAAGAGAUGUAGGUAAGAGACCUGAUUUCCUGAGAGGUGGAGAUAAAGGUGUUGAUAUGCAGGCAUUUGAUAGCAGGCAAGUUGACCCAAAAACUGAAGUUUCUGGCCGGUGCAAAGGUUUGUCUUCAGGAAAGGAGAAGUCAUUAGAUGGAUCAGGUUCUGUCAAUAAGUGUAGUGACUGUGAGGAACCAAAAGAAAAAAUUCCAGAAGUGGACAGGACAAGAUUGUUUAACUAUUCUGAACGUGCAGAAAAAACAUCUUCAUUUGUAGAGAUAUCCACUGUAUUGAAGGGGGAUCAGGACAGUUCAGAUAAAAAUCAGGACAGUUCCAAUAAAAAUCAGGACGCUCAAUCUGCACUUAGAUGUCAAGCAGGAGUUGGAGUUACAGAAGCAGACAGUAGGUCUCCAGUUACAGAAGCAGACAGCCAGUUACAAAGUCCCAGUGUUCACCAAAAUGGUCAGGUUAUGAUGCUUGAGGCUGUGUCCUUCAAUUUUUACGUGUGCAGUGUUUGAAGGAAGCACAUGCAUAAAGAACUUAGACAACGGUACAAUACUCUUAUCAAGUUUAACUAGAUAAACAUUCUAAUUCAAAA